CCAGGCACUCUUAUAGUUAGUGGGAAGUUGGUGCACGCGUGCAGAGAGAUCGUUAGAAUAGCUAGACACGUGUAUUUAUGUGAUUGAAACGUGAAAUGUCCAAAUUUCUAAUAUCUAGUGCGAGUUUGUUAAUUACUAGUUAAAGAAUAAUUUAAUUUUGUUCGCUACUAGUGCGCGUUUUACAACAUUCCGCUAACCUACUUGCCCCGACAGGUUUCCUAACCUAUACCCGAGUGAAAUCGCAAAAGUUUGUGACAAUGGCUAGAAAUAUAAAAAUUGGAACGCACAACGGUAACUUUCAUUGCGACGAGGCGAUCGCUUGCUCUAUGUUGAAGAUGUUGCCGCAAUAUAAAGAUGCAGAAAUCGUCAGAUCAAGAGAUCUUAAUAUUUUAAAUCCUUGUGACUUGGUAGUUGAUGUUGGUGGGAAAUAUGAUCCUUCUAGUCAUCGUUAUGACCAUCAUAUGAGAGACUUUAAGGAAUCCGUGAGUACAGUUAUAAAAAAGCCUGGGUAUGAUUGGAAGAUGAAACUAAGUAGUGCAGGUUUAAUUUACUGCCACUUUGGCCAUGAAAUUAUUAAACAGUUGAGUCCAAAUUUAAGUGACAACGAUGUAGAGAAGAUUUUUAAGAGAAUUUAUGAUACCUUUAUUCAAGAAAUUGAUGGUAUAGAUAAUGGAGUUCCAAUGUUUGAAGGAGAACCUGUAUAUCGUAUUGUUACUGAUCUAUCUUCUCGUGUACAAUUUUUAAAUCCUCCGAUGAAUAGUGACAGUGUUGUUAGCGAUGAACAGUUUUUAAAGGCAGUUGAACUCACUGGUCAAGAAUUUGUAGAACAUGUGAAAUAUGCAAUAAAUAAUUGGUUACCAGCUAGGUCUUAUGUGGAAGAAGUUAUCCGCAAUCGUUUUGAGGUUGAUUCAAGUGGGGAAAUUAUAGAGUUCACUAAACCUGCAUCAGAAGUUAUGAGUCACUUAUUUACAAUAGAAAAGGAAUUGAAUGUACAGCCCACAAUAAAGUAUAUUGUUUUUAAUGAUGAUACCUAUCGAGUUCGGUGUGUCCCAAUAGCACCUUCAAGUUUCAUGUGCAGAAUGUUUUUACCAGAAGCAUGGGCAGGUCUGAGGAAUGAGGAACUAGAACGUGUCAGUGGAAUCGAAGGUGCUGUAUUUGUGCAUUCAGUGCGUUUCAUUGGUGGAUGUAAAACCAAAGAGGGUGCAUUAUCAAUGGCACGCAAAUCACUUGAAAUAGGAAAAUCAGGAUCCAAUUAACUACAGUUUUAUUUCUAAUUUCAUCAGAAUUUUAUUUAUGAGCACAAUUGGACGUCAAUCAUGUUGUAACACAUAGUAUUUUGCAUACCU